AAAUAUUCAGACUUUUUCAGAACAAAAUGUCAAGGAUCCAGUCUGAUCGGAAUAGUUAUAUGUGUUACGUGGAAACAAAGAAACUUCGCAAACUUUCAUUUUGUUCACACGACAAGAGUUCUGUAUCUGAUUGUACAUGUGGAGAAAAUUUAGAAAGCACUUUUGACUGGAGAUGGGACAAGGAAAAUUCCUCUGCAUUUAUUUCACCUUGUGGGACUUCUGUAAAGUUCCAUCCCGUCUUUAGCUCCGGGACAUCUGUAGCCAUAGGGGAUGAACCGCUUGUAUCUGGAUUUCAAUAUUACUGGGAAGUAAAGCUGACCAGCCCCGCUUAUGGAACUGAUGUUAUGAUUGGUCUCGCCACCAGUGACGCCAACCUUAAUUCCAACAGAAACCAUUUCUCUAGUAUAAUAGGACGGGACAACGAGAGCUGGGGCUUUUCAUAUCAAGGAUACACUCAGCAUUCUGGUGUUAGGCAUAAGUAUGUUUGUCGUGGUCGACCUAACUCUCCCCUUCAGGAAUCGAUCUGGUCCCUUGGUUCCUUGGUAGGACUCCAUCUUGAUACUUUCAGGGGCACUGUAGAGUUCUAUGUUAACAGAAAACCUUGUGGAAUAGCUUAUCAAGGUCUCAAGAAUAAAACCCUGUUUCCCGUGGUUAGUUCUACGGCUGCAAAAUCAGGUUUGAAGUUGACCUGCGCCGCUUCACUUCCCACUUCCCUUCAGUUCUAUUCUAUUAAACAAUAUUCUCAGAAGUAUAGUCCAACCGGAAGUACUCUACUCCUAUGCCUUCCUCCUGGUCUUGCUAAAUCUACUCUCCAUAAAUAUUGGUUCUUUUUCCAUCUGAGUCAGAAUACAUGGGAUGAUAAAUUCUUGAAAGAUGAUUCUUUUGAUAUCUCGAGUGCAGCUGAUACAUCAGGAUCCUACUCUGCAAGCUCAGGCGGAAAAUCCUCUAGUUCUCACAGAAAAUCCUCCAGUAGUCCAGACACAAGAACCUCAAGUAAAACUAAACGGAAAGUGGAGGAAAAUGAUUCCUCCGAUGAAGAAUAUGCUUUCGGUGAUAAUAAGAAACUCAGGUCCUAUAAGAAGGAACUGUCAAGACGGCAAGUUCUGCAAGAGAAAGAUGACCCAGAGAAACAAAGACAAGAUGGAAUUGAUGAUACUGAUGUAUCUUAUGCUCUUGAUGAAAGUGGACCCUGCUGCUCACAGGAUGUACAUCUAAGAGCUUCAGAGAACAAGAAAAUACCCCAAAACACCUCUGAGACUAUUUCUCCGGAAAAGUUGAAAAGAGAAUUUAAGUUGUGUCGUGUAUCUGAGACUACAGCAGGUCCUAAACAGUUAUCUGAUGAGCAAGCAGUAGAAGGGGAGAAGAGUAAAACUCGUGAUUCUGAGUCCAAGAGUAGUAGAAAAGUGACCUACUAUACUCCUGAAGAGCUGGAAAAAAUGCCUGAAACUAGAAACGCUAGGAGGGAUAGGGAACGCAGGGAAACCAUGUACAUGGCUAAGUUGAAGGAGAAAGAACGAAUCCGUCAGAGAAAGCUGAAAAGAUUGAGAAAAAAAUCCUCUAAAAAAUCUGAUAAUGAACCCCGGAACACUGCAGAAGCUUCUGGGACAUCGCUAACUAAUGAAUUUGCUGCCUCCGCAAGUCCCAAGCAGCGUAAAAAGUUUGUGUUGACAAAAAAUGUCUUCCCAAAAUGAUAAUACGUUCGCCGACUAUUCCUAAUUUACGCAAUAUUUUUUUAUGGAUAGUUGUUUUAACCUACUACGCAAUUAAAUAACUUUGUUUGCAGAUUUAAAAACUAUUUGCGAUUAAUGUUUGACAGGGUUAUACACUAGCACAAUGAGACUUUAAUGACGACUUUUCACUUUUAAAACAUAACAUUCUAAUUCAAUUUUUUCAUGUUACAGGCGUCAUAAAUAGUUGCAUACUUAAUGAAUAACUCUGUAUAACUUGAUUCGUAGAAUUGAUCAAAAUAUCGUCUAGUUUUUCAGAAUUAAUUAAUGGCAGCAAUAUAAAAUAAGUAUAAUGUUAACUAUUACAGUUUAUAAGUAAAAUUUUAAAUAUUGAUAUAAAAUCUACAGAAACCCUCCCCCCCCUCCCUUACUGGGCAGGGAGUCAGCUGCCAUACCAGUUCUUGUUCUAUUGCGGUAUUCAACCCCAACACGAUUAGACGCAUUUUAAUCUUUUCAAAACUUUAACGUGUGCAUUUAUUAUGAUUUACUUCGCAAUUCAUUCAGUUUUUUCAUCCAGACUAAACCGUUAAUAUGAAAUCACUUAUAUAUGUUUUAUUUAGUUAUUAAUCGAGUUUGAAAAUAUUUAUGAAUUUAUAUUUUCAGA